GUCAGGGAUACGUUCAUCAUUGCCUUCUCUAAAAACUUCACUGUGAUUGCAGUUUGUCUCAUCCUCAGUUACAUCAACGGUACUUUGGUGACAACUUUUUUCAAACACCAGGUGUUUUACUCAGACCCUCGCUACAUCCUGUUCAUCCACAUGGUUCUGAAUGACAUGCUCCAGCUCAUAGUCACUAGUACGCUGUUCGUCCUAAGCUACAUCUUGUACCGCAUCAAUGUGUCCUUCUGCUGCUUCUUCAUCUUGGUGGCCGUCUUCACCACCAGGAACACUCCCGUCAACCUAGCUGUCAUGGCUAUCGAACGCUACAUCGCUAUCUGUAACCCGCUACGGCACGGGCAAAUUUGUACUGUCAGACGCACCUACUACGCCAUUGGAGUCAUGUGGUUUAUCUGCGCAGCACCGGCCAUUGCUGAUUUGUUUACAACACUCGCCAAGGAACCUCUUAGCUUCUUCCGCAAAUCUGUUUUCUGCAUUCGACCAAAUGUGUUCAGAGAUCCGAUUUUAGCUAAAAAACGAUUAGCGUUUGACAUCAUUUAUUUUUCUUUUGUUUUCCUAACACUUGUAUAUACUUAUGUACGUAUACUGUUUGCAGCGAGAGCGUUAGCUACGGCGAAGGUGUUAGCACAGAAAGCUAGGAAUACUAUUUUGCUACAUGGAGUGCAGUUAGCAAUGUGCAUGCUAUCUUACAUAUCACCUAGUCUGGAGGUUGUGCUACAUUUGAUUUUUCCAGCGUAUAUUUUGGAGAUAAGGUUUGCUAAUUAUAUUAUUGUUUAUAUCUUGCCACGUUUUUUGAGCCCCAUCAUUUAUGGAAUGAGAGAUGCAAUGUUUAGGAAGUACUUCAAAAUGUAUUUACUCAGCAAAAGGUGUGCUGUUAAAAAAAGGAGAGUGGAGAACAUAAAUGACACUUAA